GAGGGAGGGCAUUUCCGUCCAAACACACACCUACACAAUUCUCCCCUUUUGUUAUUUAAACAGAAAACUGUUGGGAUCAAAUUCUUUGAUUUUGGCUUUCAACAACUUCUUCAUCCCACAUCAUCAACUGAAAUCAAGACAUCGAUCUCUCUCCGCUUCGGUCGCGUAAAGAAAUGUUGGCUGUUUUCGACAAAUCGGUGGCGAAAAGCCCAGAUGCACUGGCGCAGAAUCCACAAAAUGAAUCGCUUCCCGCACUCGAAGACAAAUUCUUGGCCACCUAUUUCUCGUCCGUACACCCGGGCUCCGUCGUCAUUAACCUCGCCUCUUCCGGUUUCAUGGCCUACUCUUCUGACAGACAAAACCCUAUUCUCCCCAGACUGUUUGGAGUUGUGGAUGACAUAUUCUGCUUAUUCGAAGGCCACAUCCAGAAUGUUGCCCACCUUAAGCAGCAGUAUGGGUUAAACAAGACAGCGAAUGAGGUGAUCAUUGUUAUUGAGGCUUACAGGACGUUGAGGGACAGAGGCCCUUAUCCUGCUGAUCAAGUGGUGAGGGAUAUUCAAGGGAAGUUUGCCUUCGUCCUGUUUGAUAGUGCUUCCAACAAUGCAUUUGUUGCAUCUGACGCUGAUGGAAGUGUUCCCUUCUUUUGGGGUACUGAUGCGGAUGGCCAUCUCGUUCUCUCUACUGAUGGAGAAGUCGUGAAGCAAGGUUGUGGCAAAACAUUCGCUCCGUUUCCAAAAGGAUGCUUCUACACAUCUUCUGGAGGUCUCCGAAGCUACGAGCAUCCUGUCAACGAACUGAAGGCUGUGCCAAGAGUCGACAGCUCAGGCGAAGUGUGUGGUCUGACCUUCAAGGUGGACGCAGAGUCGCGCAAAGGGAACACAGGAAUGCCUAGAGUCGGAAGCGACGCUAAUUGGUCCCAAAACUACUGAGCUAACUCACUGACUUCAUCACACUUAUGUCCGAGGCUUAUGUUAUUAGCGGCUGCGGAUUUGCUCUCGUAUUUAUCUACUAUGAUGAGAUCAAAAGUAUUGUGCCUUUGAUGCUUUGUAAAACAAUCUCAAUUUCUUACUGUUUGUCACAACUGAAGCCAUUUUGUUGGCCUUAACAUACAUAAAUAAUCAACACCCUUUUAAGGUUGUGUUUUUA